UCUGAGGGGCAGCGUUCAGGCCAGCCAUUCAUUCAGGAGCCAGGGAAAGUAAUCGAGCAAGGAGCGCAUCUUGUCUGGGAGAGAAACGCUGUGAAAAUGCCUUUUGGUCGGUUAUUGUUGCGGACUUCAACUGUCAAUAAGAUGUUUAGCAGAAAUUCCUUUAUAGCUUCAAAACCGGAUCCCUCCAAGCCAAACAUGCUGAGAGCAGGACUGGCAUUCGGAAGCACUGCUGUCUUGUGGGCAUUGCUGUUUAAACAGCACAGCACUGAUGUGCAUGAGUACAAAACACGGAACGGGUUAGAGUAAUUCACCAGGCCAUGGCAGCGAUUGCUCUGUGCUUUGUGGAUCUUCUGUUUCCUUUGCUUUUGAAAGAUGUACAAUAACGUUUAUUAAAGAUGUAUAUAUAA